AUGGCCAAGCAUGACUUCAUGACACCAAAGGCGGUGGCGAAUCGCCAAAAGUCGAAGGGGCUGCAGCGGCUGCGAUGGUACUGCCAAGUGUGUGAAAAGCAGUGCCGCGAUGAGAACGGGUUCAAAGCCCACACGUCGAGCGACUCGCAUCAACGUCAGAUGCUCAUCGUGGCCAGCAACCCAACCAAGUUUAUUCAAGGGUACAGCGAGCAGUUUGAACGGUCAUUUCUGGAAAACCUGCGGCGGUCGCACACGACCAAGCGCGUGAGUGCGCACGUCGUGUACAACGAGUACAUUCGGGACAAGAACCACGUGCACAUGAACGCGACGCGAUGGACGACACUGAGCGGAUUCGUCCAGUAUUUGGGGAAGACGGGCAAGUGUGUCGUGGACGAGACGGAGAAGGGGUGGUUCAUCCAGUACAUCAACAACGACCCUGUGGCCAUGGCACGACAGGAAGAGUUGAAGCGGAAGCGUCAGGCGCUCUUAGAUCACGAGGAGCGGAAUCGGCGGUUCAUUCAAGCGCAGGUGAAGGAAGCGCAAGCAAAGUUUGGACAGGACGACGACGAGAACAAACCCGCGCAUCAACCCCGCGUGGAGAAGGUCUCGAUGAGCUUGAAGCUCGAGUCCAAGUCCAAACUAGCGUCGGUCGAGUCCAAGAAGUCGAUACAAUCUGCCUUUGGACAAGACGUUGACGACAAAAGCGGCAAGGACGGAGCACCCUCAUCAUCGCUCGACCACGAAACGUCCUGGAAAGGCGGCAAGCGGAGCGCGGUGGAUGCGAUUAUGGAAGAAGAGACGCGGAAACGGCUACGGCGAGACGAAGACGACGAGCGCGCGAACCGAUUGGACCACUGGAUUCAACCUGGGCUCGUGGUCAAGGUCAUGGACAAGGAUGUGGGCGACGGAGCGUACUACAAGCAGAAAGGCCUUGUCGUCCGCGUUCACGACACGUAUGUGGCCGAAGUGCGCAUGCUCGAGUCGCGGGAUGUGCUUCGACUGGAUCAGGUGUGUUCCCUGGAAUGUGCAUGCGGGUGUUGUCAUGAUGAUGGAGUAGGAAGACUUGGAAACGGUCAUCCCGCUCGUGGGACGUCCUGUGCGCGUCGUCAACGGCAUCGGGCGCGGUGCGCUCGCGACGCUCGUGUCCAUCGACGAACGCGCGUUCUGCGCGGCAAUUCAACUCACAUCCGGCCCGAAAAAGGGUCGGACGUUGCCCCAAGUCGAAUACGAAGACAUUUGUAA